AUGUCUACUGAAGAGAUGACACUCGCAGAGAUGAAAGCGGCCUACAAAAAGGCCCAAGAAGAGCUGGCCCAAGAAAGGGAAUCCAUGGAAAACCUCCAGAAGGAGCUCGACUCUGUGAAAAGUACCAAGCACCAGUCGCGUUACAAGCCAGGUGCAAAACCGAAGAAAUUGAUAUUUGAAAUGACUGACGACUCCGAAGAUCUGUCCGACGGAGAAGAGCCACAUGGAGAAGAAGAUGAAGCAACACCGGACCCCGUAACCAAGCGCCUGAAUAAGAUGGAAACCCACAUGAAGAAGCAAUGCUCGCUGAUGCUGAAGCUGAUGACCAAGCUACCAGGGGCACCCACACCUGUGGAAACUGAACCGACCGUAGGGUAUGCAGCGUCGCCAUUCUGUGAGGCGAUCGCCAGGGUGACGGUCCCACACCAGCUCCGACUCCCUACCUGGACCACCCUGUACGACGGAACAUCCGAUCCAUACAGGCACGUCAACGUAUACAAGCAGCGAAUGUGGCAGAUCGGCAUCCCCUACGACCUGGUCGAACCCGUCAUGUGCAAGUCGUUCGGAGGAACCCUCGACGGAGCGGCUCUGGAGUGGCUCAUGAACAUAACACCUGAGUCCAUCUACUGCCUGUCCGACCUCAUCAACGCCUUCUACCAGCAAUUCGCCAGCAGUCACCAGUUGGAGAAACAGACAAGUGACCUCUAUCGGACAGCCAUCGAAGCAUUCAAGAGAGGUCUCAUCCCUAACUCGGAGUUGUACCGGGAGAUAACCAAAUAUCCCUGCGCAACCUUCGAGGAGGUCAGGUCGAGAGCCAUUGCCCAAAUGCGGAUCGAGGACGACGAGAUUACACGAAUGGCUUCUCAGCGACCAGCAGGGGGCAGCAGCGACAGGAGGUCGUACACCCCAAGGAACAGCAACUGGAGGCAUCAGCCGUACAACCGCCAGAACCAGGUACAAAAUGUCAAUCAAUAUGAUGAUACUAACAAUGUUUACAGGAAUGAAAGGUUCGUUUAUCCCCCCAUCUCCGAAUAUGGCUUCAACGUCGACAUCGGAGGCGUGGUGAACGCCCUUCAAAAUGUAGGUGGUACCGUCAGAUGGCCUAGGAAGAGCAACAGACCAGACUCCAUGAAGGACAUGAGCAAGUGGUGCGACUUCCACCGCGACAAUGGCCACACAACCGAGGAGUGCAUCUCCCUCAAAAAGGAGGUAGCAUAUCUGUUGAAAAGAGGACACCUGAAGGAGCUGCUGAGCGACAAAGGGAAGGAGACAUACCAGGCGGCGACCGACCGGCCCCGCCCAUCUAAAAAAAUCAACAGAGGCGAAUCUGAAGCCGUCAAAGAGGGGCAAACCGAAGAUGAAGUGGCACUCGACAAAUCAUUAGCAGCAAUGACAAUAACCUUCGACGACUCAGAUUCAACCGACGCACAACAGGAACAUCACGACGGGCUAGUCAUAUCGCUCCCAAUAGGCAACGCUCUAAUCAAAAGGAUAUUGAUCGACAACGGCAGUUCAGCAAACGUACUGUUCUUAGAGGCUCUACAAGAAAUGGGACUUGAAGAAAAGAGUAUAAUCAGAAGGUCGACGGUCUUAGUAGGGUUCAGUUGA